AAGAUAAACCUGAUCUGAGGCUUUGGCAUUCUAUAGCAGUGCAGGUAGAGCAGGCGUAUCACCUUGCUAGGAAUGUACCAGCCCUCAUCUUUGCUGUCACCAGCGACUGCAGCCAAUCAGUGACAGUAUCAGCUCUGCUGAAGAGGAAGAGAUAGAAUUUCCACCUGUGUAGUUGUCAGAACAAACAAGACGCACCGAAGAGCUGGAUGAAAUGCGAGGAGGCUUUUAAAGGUUACACAGCUUCAGUUUUUGAUUUUCUGGAACUUUAUUCCUAACUUAACCCUGGCCAGAGAAUUCUGCUCCUGGCAAGAACCAGCUACAGGUGAGACAGGCAAAAAUUCAUUUUAAUUCACAAGAGGGACACACACACGAUCCAUAUUGCAUGAAAUACCACAGGAGAAGAAGGAAGCAAAAGGGAUGUUGUGACGCUAAAUUUCUGUAAUCUUCCUGUCGGUGGGAUGUGCCUUCCUGUCACUGUGUCCAAGAGCUAUGACUUUAUGUCAGUGUUUCUCAGUUAAGCUGGAUCACAACCACCAAUAGGUUUGCUUCCUGUAUUGUCUUACUGGACUCUUUCAGCUCCCUGCUCGCAAUGUGUGCUUAUCAUACUGUAAAAUGGUAUUCCUUCGAGGAAUCAUAUACAUGGGUUGUGGUGCAAUGCUUCUGAUGACCAGCGCUUGUGCACAUCUUGGGGCUCCAGGUUUACUCCAGUUGGAAGUUCGAAGCUCUUUGAUCCUUUGUCAUUAGAAAUGGCGCUGUCACCCCCAAGGACUCCUCCUGAUCCAAGAAGGAUGCAGAAUGAUAUCCUAGAGGAGCACACAGAGCUUUGGUGGUUCAGAGAGCCUGUUAAAUCAAUACUGUGCUACACUUUGGCUGUGGUUCUCAUUUUAGCAUGUGGUGUUGGUGGUAUUGUACUCCUGUCUACCACAACUAGUCGCUCUGGAGAAUGGAGGAUGGCUAUAGGGGCCACAUUAUGCAUUCUAGCACUGCUAGUCUUACUCAAGCAACUACUGAGCUCUGCUGUGCAGGAUAUGCAUUGUGUUCAAAGGCGUGAACACAUUGACAUGCUGAAGAGUGGUGGCUUAUCAGACACUGUGGUCUUUGUAUGCAGUUCAAUUAUUAUCCUAGUAUGUGGUGUGGUCCUACUUGUAUUGUCCUUCUCUGGAGAAACACCUGGAUCCUCUACAGUACUGAUCACCAUGCACACUGUAGGAGUCAUACUCAUAACUGUUGGUGUUGUUAUGCUUUUUGCAAUUUUGGUAUACAUGAUUGUAAUAAUAUGCAAAUCUUGUGUCUCCAGUCGCUUUCAUCCAAGGAACAUAAGUGUUUUCUUUAUCUCUGGGCAACUCAGUGGAACACAUCUACAGAAUCCAACCUCCAGUAUGGCCAACCUUAUCUAAAAAAAGUGCAGCAAACCAAAACAAUAAUCUUAUCUUUGCUACACACACUGUUUGAGCCAGCAAAAGAUAUGAUUAUAUAUCAGAGUCUGUGACUUGUGACUUCUUGCUUCAUAUGCACAUAAAAUGGACAAUGAAAUAUUUUCAUUUAAUUCCAUUUAAAUGAUGCAGGAUGCUAAGAAAGAUUUUCAUGGUAAAUAUAUUUGUGAUACUUAACCUGGGGAAUUUACCUCAUCAAUAAAAACGGACAUGUCCUACCUUAACAUGUUCUAACAUACUA